CAACCCGCCUCCGCCGUACAUUCCACUACCCCCUCCGACGACGACGACGACGCCUCCUCCACCGCCGAAAUCCUCGAUGAGCAAGAACAAGAAACCCUCAUAACAACCCUCACCACGCAAAACAACGCCCGCAACGCCACCACCCACCGCCUGCUCUACCUCCUCCCGACCCUCUCCGCCAUCCCCUUCCUCCUCGACCUCUUCCUCCCCACAACCCCAACCCAAACCCAAACCCACACCCACACCCAACCCCACCACCGCCUGCUACCCCUACUAGGCCUAUCAUCGCUAGCCGCGACGGGGUGGCUGCUCGCGCGGCUGGGGGUGACGGAGACGGGGUUUGCGGGGUUGGAUUCCGGCGGUUCUGGUUCUGCGUCGGGGUCCGGUUCUUCGAAGAAGGUCGAUUUGGGAGGGGCAGCAGCAGGGUUAGGAGGAGCGGGGAGGGGAACGGCCGCCGCCGGAGGGAGGAGGAGGACAAGACAUGGGAUACUCGGCGCAGGGGUAGGGGGAGAGGACAGGUCGCCGCUGGAGGCAUACCUGCCGUGGCUGAACGCGGGGCUGGCGGUGCUGGCGCUGCUGACGGGGCUGCUGCUGCGGGUGAAGCUGGGGACGCAGGCCGGCGGCGGCGUUGACCCGCUGCUGCUGGGGGCGCUGCCGGGCGUGGUGUUGGCCGUCAUUGUGGGCGCCAAGGUUUCCAUGGCGGGCAUCGACCCUGAGAGGGAGUUGAGCGGGUACAAGUAUCGAUACAAGGGCGCUUGAUUCGGUUGGCCGGUUGAUCAACUGCCCAAAUCAGGAGUUGCGUUUUGAUAUGACGGCAUCGUGCGGCGUUGGUUGGGAAUGGUAUGAUAUCCUCUAAUUCGAAAUAUAGACACUGGAAUUACAAUGACA